AUGGUCCACAGUUUUAGUAGCCAUGAAUUUCAAAGAUUCGCAGAAGAGGCCAAUUUCAAACAUGCUACCACUAGUCCUCACUAUAGUCAGGCGAAUGGUCAAACUGAAAGAUAUGUACAGACUGUCAAAAAGUUGAUUCAGAAAAGUGACGACCCAUCAAAAGUGUUUCUCGACUACCGAAACACACCAUUGGAAGGGAUAAACCUAUCACCAGCCCAAUUACAUAUCGGACGACGUUUGAAAUCUUCGCUGCCUACAAGAACAGAACUCCUGAAACCGAAAUACACCAGUCCAAAGAAAGUACUCCAGAGGUACAAGCAGCGUCAAGCAAGUCAGGAACAUUACUACAACCAAAAUAGUGGUCCUAAAUUGAAACCACUUCUACAAGGACAGACUGUUACAAUCAGACAUGAUGGAAAAAUAAUUCCAGGAACAGUGGUUAGGAGACAUAAUGCGCCGCGAUCUUUUAUAGUGGAAACGAAGGAGGGUAGAAUCCUACGCAGGAACAGACGACACCUGAGACCAACAUCUGCAGAGUUUCAAGAUAAUCCACAAGAACCGUACAGCUCUGGGACUCAUCAAUUUUCAAAGGAACAGGAAAACAGUGAAAACAUAUCAAAUCAAAGUUCUAAUUUAGAAAUUUCAGCAGAUAAUUCAGUGCCAGAAGUUGCGUGUGAAAAUGCAGAUCUGAGUGGUACGAAAACCACAAGAUCGGGUAGAAAUGUGAAAAUGCCAAGCAAAUAUGAUGAAUAUGUGUGUAAUCCACUAAAUCCAGUCAUAGUGUAUGUGUGA